GCGGUGUACACUACAUGCUACCGUUACCGGGCUCCAAAAAGUAAGGUCGCAAUUGGAGUCAUAAAAUUCUACAAAUGUACGUUUAGGUGUGUACGUACACUGCUGUAAACGACCAAAUACGUAAAUAUAGUGGUUCGUCACACAGAGAAUAAAAGAGGAAGGAGAAGCACAAGGUUAUGUUCGUGUCGUGUGGAAAGUAUUUUAUGCUUUUGAGGUCGGUCGAAGUAAAAUGUGUUAAAUGAAAUGGACUGGAUUGAUAUAAACUACAGAUGGUGACUUUAUUUGACACUUCCGGACUACUAUUAAAAUCAUGAGUCUGCUCGAAUCUGACCUCUGUAGUCUAAUUCUUCAGUAAAGGCGACCUUCAGAUACUUACACUCAUCAUUUAAUAUAUGAACUCAAUUAUCACUCAUGUAAAGUUGAAGCUGUGCAAUAAUAAUGAUUGUAUUCUUCCAAAUAUGACUAAAAGCGUCAAAGACAAUGCACAACUUGGCACGUUAUUUAAUCUUUUUUCAGUAUACUGGAACAAAAUACAGUGGUGUGGUGAAAGUGGGUCCACGUCAGUCACAUGUAAAAGGGGUUGAGGACUGCAUGCAGGAAGCCAUAAGCAGACUGAGGCCAGUCAACCCAGUAUCUCUGUUCAUCUCCAGCAGAACAGACAAAGGAGUACAUGCACUCUGUAACUCUGCACACUUUGACCUCCAGCGUAAGGGCAACAAGCCACCAUUUUCUGAAGACGUCCUUGCUCACGCCCUCAAUUAUCACCUCGGGACAGAGCAAAUUAGGAUCAUCCGUGCCCAUCGUGUGCGUGAUGACUUCCAUGCCCGUUACCGCGCCCAGUCUCGGACCUAUGUGUACCGGAUUGCUUUGGGAAUCUCUCGAUAUCAGCUUCCGGUCACAGAAUCUGAUAUGUGCUGGAGCCUCCAUAACACGGAGCUAGAUAUGGGAGCCAUGCGCGAAGCUGCUGCUGUGCUGGUGGGGACCCAUGACUUCAGCAGCUUCAGGGCGGUCAACGCUGACCUGCCUUUUAAAAACCCUGUCAAGACAUUGGAUGUGGUCAGCAUACAACCUGGAGGCUCCUUUGCACAAGCACACUUUCAGAGAGAGAUACCAUUCUGGGAGGUGACGUUUAAGAGUAGAUCAUUUCUCUAUAAGCAGGUGCGUAGGAUGACAGGGGCCCUGGUGGCAGUGGGCCAGGGCCAGCUCUCACUACCACGGCUGAAGGAGGUCUUGGAAGCUCGAGACACACGCGCCUACCCACAGGGCCUUGCUGCUCCGGCCCACGGGCUGUUCCUCACCAGAGUGGACUACAGAGAGACAGAUCUGCAGCCUCCGUAAAAGGACUAUGGAACACCUUUAAUCCAGUAGUCACUCAUUUGUGAAUUCUAAUACGUUUACUUGAACAAGUUUGUUGGAUCCCAAAUCUCUUGUAUGUUACAAAUAAAUUUUUGUGUCAUUUUUUAAAACUUUACUGCUGGAUUCUUUUCCAUUUCCACACUUGAAAUAAGCAUCAGACUAAAUACAGAUGAACAUCUACAUGUUCUUUAAUUCAACAUAUUAAGAAUACAUAACUGUGUCCAUGAAUGCAGCUCAGCUACAGAAUACCACACACCUUGAACCUAUCAUUGUCUACACAUGACCGUCAGGUUACAACAGACAGUUUGCUUUAAGCCUAUUCAGGCAGUAUUACUGCUAUGUAUACAUGUAUGAACUGGGUUUUGGUAGGUUCAGACAAUUAUCAAACAAGGUAUACAACAUGUGGAGAAGAGUGUUAAGUUCCAUAGCCAAAACUGCUUUGUGUGUCCAUGGCUCUCGUACAGUGGUAUUACAUUAUGGAUCAAAAAAGUGCGCACACGCUCACUGAUAAUGUAUACAUCCAAGUGUCCAAAUAAAACUGCAUACACUGCUUCUUUACCUAAAAGUCUUCACAGAUCAUUCUACUGGAUUUUUAGCACGCACUCGCUUCUAAUUUGGCUGCUUCUGCUCACUGAGAUGAGUGAUUUUCAGCAAGUUGUCCGUAAACAGUCCAUUAAAACCAGACUUCCACCGACAGUCUUCUCUGUGCCGGUGGGAGUCAGAUGAGGUUUGUAGAAGGUUCAGACUGACCAAUCACUGCUUAAGUGUUCCAGCGUAUUGAUCAAACACACCAGACGUCCUUUUCCAUGUCCUUAAUUUGUACAGUCACCCACUAAUGCUAGGUUAACUGGUUUAGACUCACUGUAUUCAAAAUGCUGUGUCUGUCAAAAUUGAACCUCAUGAGGAAUGUUUUUUCACUUCUUAGAAGUGUCAAUAAUUCAGUCACACUUUACCUAAUAUUUUAAAUAUGUACACAAGUACAUGUUUCCUAUCCAUGCGACCAUUUCUGAGCAACACAGUGAAUCUGAUUGGCAUAGGUCCUCUGGUCCGCAAAUCAAUUCAGCAUUUGGUUUCAAGAAGAUAAUUCACACAUCCUGAAGACGCUCAAAAUUCAAUAUAUAAUCAAAAUUUCAAGUGUUAGUCAGAAUAUUAAGCCCAAUGUCUCAGAAUAUCAGUAACAAAGUCAUAUGAAUAUAUAAUGCACUUGAGGAAGGCAUUGAGUAUUUUUUUUAACUCACAAUCCUUAAUAACAGCACAGUCUGGGUGAAGAAUGUAGCUUAGCUCAAGUCAAACUGGAGACCCUGAUUGAAAAGGAUUAUGUGGGACAGUGACAAAAAAGGGGAAAAUGAUCACAUUGGACCUUAAUGGCUAUAUUUUGAGUAAAAAUGAGGUUUGAGGUUUUGUGAGACUGAUGAAGGAAAAAGACUAAUGAUUAAUGCUCUGCAGUGGCACCAAGCCCGUCAUAAUAAAGGCUGGAGGAGUUUUUAAAAUUCUAUAAAUAACAUGCUUGUGAAAAGUGUGGUUGGUUGAUGAUUGAUAACUGGCGAAACACAGAAAUAUCUAAAUGACUUGGAAUUAGUCAUGUGUUAUCACUCUAAGCAGCCUUGUCGGCAUUUAACUACACACCCUGACACUAAAGCUGAGGUUAAUUCAGGAUUCAUUUGUCAUGUGAAUACAGGUUGAUAGUAUUUGAUAAUAGCUAUCACAUGUUGAUAAGUUUGCAUAGACCCUUAAAACCCAACCAUCACCAUCUCAGUAAAAUAACAUUAAUGAUUCGGAGCAGCAUACCCAAGUUCACCCUUUGUACUGAUUUUGGUGAGCAUAACAAAGCACAAUAAAAGCUUUAAUAGUCAAAAUAAUACAGUUACAUUCAGCUCUAAAUUUGUUCCAUUUGUUGUUCAACUUUAAAAUUUUGUGACACAUGAAAUAGUUUUUUCUGCAUUAGGAUUUAAGUCAAUCUUAACAUAAGCUUGCGUGCCACCUCCAAAAAAGGUCUUGAAAAUCCAUCUGUGUUCGGUAAAACAUAGUCCAACAUGACCUCUUUUCGCAGCAUCACGACAGCA